UGCCGCCCCGCCUUUCCGCUUCCUGCCGCGGGCCGGGGCUGGCGCGGCGCUUCCAGCCGGGAUUGUGGCCGGGGGCAGCGGCAGUUCUCCAGAUGGCUUCUUUUGGGUGGAAGAGGAAGAUUGGUGAGAAGGUCUCAAAAGCUACUUCUCAGCAGUUCGAGGCAGAAGCUGCGGAUGACAAGGAUCUGGGUGACGAUGAUGAUGCUAACUGGUUGCAUGCAGCUAAGAGAAGAAAGGAAAUUCUUCUAGAAGAUUGUGUGAGGAGAAGUAAGGAGCUCAAGGAUGAAGGUGCAAAUUUGGCUGAAAACAGGAGGUACAGAGAGGCUCUUGUCAAGUGGGAUGAAGCACUUCAGUUAACUCCAGAGGAUGCUACUCUUUAUGAGAUGAAAUCACAGGUCCUGAUGUCCUUACAUGAAAUGUUCCCAGCAGUGCAUGCAGCAGAAAUGGCUGUCCAGAGAAACCCACGUUCCUGGGAUGCCUGGCAGACUUUAGGACGUGCCCAGCUUGGAUUAGGAGAGAUAGCACUGGCAAUUCGAAGCUUCCAGGUAUCCUUGCACAUCUUUCCAAUGAACCCUGAAGUAUGGAAAGAAGACCUUUCCUGGGCAAGAAAACUACAGGAGCAGAAGAAGGCAACACAGACUGAGUCAGUGCAAGCACUGGCRAAAGGAGAAGAGCUUGCACAAGAGUCAAUCCCAGACUAUGACUUUGAAAGUGAUGAAAUUGUGGCAGUCUGUGCUGCCAUUGCAGAGAAGGAGAAAGCUCUGUCAGCAGCUAAAACGAUGGUGAUUGUGUCUGCUUCAGGCACAGUAGAGACUGUCACUGAGCAGGACAAUUGUCCUGCAACUCCUGAUGAGACCCUUUUCAUCAGGGCCCGGUAGGGCAGCCUGAGGGGUUCUCACACCAGUUGUUUUAAGAACUACUGUUAUUUAUUGUAUUUUGCUUGCUUGGUGUCUGGGURUUUUUUUAUUGAAUGGUAGGGUAGCCUGCAAAAGUUAAAGAAUUGARGUUAUUUUAUUAACUAAAUAAGUGAUGGCCUGAGUUGUUCCAUCCAUAUUUUUCAAAAAGAAAGUCAAUAAUUGAUUCUAAAAAYUCUAAAUUCUUAUGAACAAAUGUAAUGUUGAAAUGUUUAACUGCAUUCUAACAGCUGCUUUCAUCCUUGUAUAUUUCAUAAUUUUACAAGUUACUGUGUACAUUUUCCCAGUAAUUAGGAAACUUCUAUUUAAACUGUAAAAGUGCUGUGGUUUAAUCCCCAGCUGGCAGCUCAGCYCCACACAGCUGACUCCUUCCUCAUGGAAUGGGGGAGAAAAUUGGGAGASUAAAAGUGAGAGAAUUCAUUGGAUGAGAUACAGACAUAGCAAAAGCUGCACAUGCAAGCGAAGCAGAACCUUUGGGAUUUACCCACCUAUUCCUGUGGGCAGGCAGGGGUUCAGCCAUCCCCAGGAAAGCAGGGCUACAUCGCUGGUGACUUGGGAAGACACUUGAAAUGUCCUCGCUUCCCCCAUCUCCUUCUUUCCCCAGUUCUGUGUGCCGAGCAUGAUGGCUGUGGGAUGGAAUAUCCCUGUGCUUAGUUGGGGUCUGCUGUUCUGGCUUUUCUUCUCCCAGCUUCUUGUGCACUCCAGCCUCCUCACUUGGCGGGGUGGGAUGAGGAGCAGGAAGAGUUCUUGACCCUUUGCAAGCACUGCUCAGCAAUUAUGAAAACAACUGGGUGUCAUCAACACUGUUUCUUGCACAAAAUCAAAAUCUAGGCCUUUACUUGCCAUUCUGAAGAAAAUCAACUAUAUCCCAGCCAAAACCAGCACAAAAGGAAUUAAAAAAUUAUCUAAUUCACUAUUAAUUAACAUUGUUUUCUUCCAGUAAAAGUGUGAACUGUUUUCUGUUAUCAAUAGUCUUUGUUUUCGUUAAGAUUGCUUUUUCUAUAAGAAAGUUUCUUAUAAAGCAGAGAAGGAUUAUUAUUUUGUAUGUGUGUGUGACAGAUCUGACUUCAGAUUUGCUAUCAAGUCAAGUAAAAACUUUUAUGUUGCUUUCCUCAGUGAGUGGAUUAAACACUUUGUGAUUAGGUGAAAGGAAAUGCUGUUACCAAACAACGCCCUGAAUGCUUAGUUACAGCUAAGUGUUCUACCAGAAGAAAGAACAUUCAGUUGGUUACUGAAACCGGCUUUUCCUUAUCUUGUGUGUGUGCCACAGACAUCACCAAAAGUAGAAUGGUGGGAGUAGGAAAUAGAUAUGGCUGAAUUGUAUUGUAUGUGGGGCUUUUCUUUCCUAGUGAGGCUAAUCUGAUAAAGGGAGUCAAUUUGCUUUUCCUAAUUCUUAUGAACUGCAUUAAAAGUAUGUUCUUAGGGAACCAAUUUUCCAGGAGAGCACUGCUGGAGUCACCCUUUUAAUCUUUUUUGGAUUUUGGAUUCUGUGGUGGGUAUUUACAUUGUGCUAACUUAGAGGCAUACCCUAGGAGAUGCUUUCAAUGUUCGUUUUUCUUCAGGGGAAGGUGACAGUUGGUUCCUCACACAGGCGGUUCAGAGACAGGAAGUCAAGCAGUGUCUUUGAUGUGCUCUGUGCUGAGAGUGUUCUCAUUUCACUCUCCUGCAGAAAUGGUGGAGAUGAUCACUUCCUAACUGUACUGGAAAAACUGGACAGCUAAGGAAUUCUUGAAUUCAGUUUGGGAACAUGUAAUUUUUACUAGAUUUUAAUAACAUUUUGUAUGAUAAUGUAGUUUUGUAGACAAGUGAAACUUCUGAGAUCAGUCACCUUUGCAUUUUUCAAGUCUGAUUUCUAAUUUUGAAAUAACACAUUUWAAAAAAAAAACAAUGUCAAGAAGUAUAGUAGAUUUUGCAGUGGAAAGUACAUUGCAGAAUAUCAAUCUCAAAUAAUAUUUUCUUUAUAGGAUAGCUUUAUUUAAGAGGAUACAUUGUUUUCGAAAAGUUAAUUAUCCCUUGUCAUGGUUUGAACUUGACCGAAAGCCAAAAGCACCGCACCCACAACGUUACCCACUGGAGAGGCAGAAGGGAGAGCAAAAGCCCAAUUAACACUAAAAUUUAUGGCUUUUAGAUAACAUAACAUAAUUGAGAGAAAGAUAUGUAUAUGCUCCAGAAAAUGGUUAAGUUGCAAAAUAGAUUUAUUACUAAAAGCUACUAAGAAUACUACUGCACUGGGGAGGGGAACAAAGAUAGGGAAAAAUUUACAAGGAGAAGAAAAUAAAAACAGACGUUUUAAGAUACCUGUUAUUCUUUCUGGAAACCUGGCUCUCUUCCAAGUUGCCCCUCUCCCCACCCCUCCAUGCCUUCCCACAUGCAAAGGGAGACAGGGAUGAAAGUUUAACAUAGAUCAAAACUCCAGCAUCAUAGGAGAAGAGCCUAAGCUGUGGAAGUUCUUUCCCCAAGAAACAGUCAAUGCAUUACUGCUGAUGGCAUGGGAUUCUUUUUCAUUACCUCAUGGGAGAAAGGAAAAACUGUUCUUCAAGGCCGACUGCGUUAUUUCGGCGGYGUAAGGUCACUAUCACAAAUCUCCUGGCAGAAUGCAGCUCUUUCUAAGCAUCAACUCACUUCAGACAUGAGGCGGUGGCCAAGCCUCUUCCCCCUUUUUGGCUUCUGAUCAGUCCAGUCCUCCAAGGCCAGGUUUUUCUCAGAGCAAGGUYGCUCUCCUUUUCUGUACAGGUCUCCUAUUGAAGAAAUAGUCCUUUCGAGAACARCUUGUUUUCUCUGUGUUCGAGCACCACAGCACAGCACCUGUCUUCUUACUGUGAUCUUGGGUCUCCAUUUUUCUUCUUACAUCUCCUCACCCUCCUGCUCUGUUUUUCCCCAGUGCAUGAUA